AUGAUGUCUCUGUUAACCCCUUCUGAGUCGCACGCCUUCCAGUCUUUCCUGUCCUCGCUCGAUUGCUCUGAUUUUUCACCAGAAUGGGACAUGCAGCUCGAGAUCGCUCACGAUGAUGUACAACCUGCGCAUGGACGUGAAGCUCUCGAAAAGGCAACGAAGGAUCUCAUGGCGCUUGAUGCUGCUGAAAAGUGGAAGUACCCUCUCGUUUCGCAGCCACCACAACCUCUCCGGGAGAGGUCGGUUACACCAAUGAACCGGGAUCCACAUCCACAAGCCAACUGCUUUUCUUUCCUGUAUUCUACCCGCCAAAAUCAGCGAUCCAGUAACCCUUCAAGUGAAUUUACCCGUACCAAGUCAAAGUCCAAGUCGUUGCCAGUACCGGUCCAAACUAGCGCACGCUCUCGGCUCCAUUCUCCCCCUCUUCACCGUACAGUCAACCCAAUAUCUGUGUCUACAUCUUCUGCACGCCACCAAAGUCCAUCCUCUUUGUCAAGCCAUUCGCCUCUCGAUUCGUCAGCAUCGUCGUCCACCUUAAUACCACCUGUUGCAUCAUUACCCCCAUCUAAGAGAUCACCGCCAGCAGAAACAACACAUUCCAACAAACGUCCACGUCCUUCUCCUAGCUCUUCCCAUGAUACUGUUAUUAACUCGCGUUCCAAUUCUUCAAGCAAGCCGACACUGUUAUCGCCUUCACAAAAGAAGGCCAAUCAUAUCCAGUCAGAACAAAAACGUAGAGCGAAUAUCAGGAGGGGGUACGAAGCGUUAUGUGAUACUGUUCCCGCACUCAGAGAGGCGAUACAGCUUGAGGAAGAGGAGAACAAUAGGAAAGGAAAGAAGAGAAGAGGACGAGGCAAAACGAACGAAGAUGGCGACAAGGUAGAUGGACGAGCUGGACCGAGAAGUGAAAAUGUUGUUCUUUCGAAGACAAUCGAUUAUAUCAACGACCUUCUAUACGAACGAGAAGAUCUAUUGGAACGAAUGAAAACAGCCCAACAAUCCCUUCCCCAUAACCAUCCUUUGCUCAACCGUGAUCGAUUUUCGACUCCGCCACUAUGGGAACGUAAAUGGACGGGCGGCGAACAGAAGGAUGGCGACGACGACGAAGAUGAAGAGGAGGAGGAAGACUAG